AUGCAAUAAUAUCAAUCAUAACCAGCAUUUAAUCCUAAACAUUUGUUUACAAUGAAAAAGUAUUUCAAUGGAUAUGUGUAAUAAAACAGAUUUUUUCACAAAAAAACUGAAACCAAAUCAGAUAGUGGAAGUGAAGUAUUUAAAGAAAUCUAAUAACUACCCUAAAUUGUAUAAAGAAUAGAUAGAAGAAUUGAAAAUGUGAAUUAUAAAUAUAAAAGUGCUCCAAUGAUAGAAAAGAAGAAACAAAACUCACGUAAACUCUCUUUUCCAGUACUCAAAUAUUCUCCAACCGAGAAUAAGGUACAAUUAUAGAAGAUAAAAGACUUGAUAGAAUAGCACACCUCACGUGUAAUUGUUAAAGAUGAUAUGCUUAAACAUAUGAUUGGUUAUAGCAAGAUUUCUUAGAUGAUUAUUUGA